AUAGUCUUUUUAUAUGGGGUCCUUUGUCUCUGUCUUUUUUAUCUCAUUAGUUCUUUGUUUUCAGUUUUAGAGAGUUUUUGUUAAGAGGGUUGACAUGGAAGAAAGAUAUGAGCCAUUGAAGGAACUUGGUUCUGGAAAUUUUGGUGUUGCUAGGUUGGCUAAAGACAAAAAUACUGGGGAACUUGUUGCUCUCAAAUACAUAGAGAGGGGUAAAAAGAUUGAUGAGAAUGUUCAAAGGGAGAUAAUUAACCACCGAUCGUUAAGGCAUCCUAAUAUUAUCAGAUUCAAAGAGGUCUUGCUGACACCUUCUCAUCUAGCCAUUGUCUUGGAGUAUGCUUCUGGUGGUGAACUCUUCGAGAGGAUAUGCUCCGCUGGUCGAUUUAGUGAAGAUGAGGCAAGAUAUUUCUUCCAACAGCUAAUAUCCGGUGUUAGCUACUGUCAUUCAAUGGAAAUUUGUCAUAGAGAUCUGAAAUUGGAAAACACUCUCUUGGAUGGAAAUCCAUCCCCUCGGCUUAAAAUUUGUGACUUUGGUUACUCCAAGUCUGCAAUACUGCACUCUCAACCAAAGUCAACAGUUGGAACUCCUGCAUACAUUGCUCCCGAGGUUCUGUCACGAAAGGAGUACGAUGGAAAGAUUGCAGAUGUUUGGUCUUGUGGUGUGACACUCUAUGUCAUGCUAGUUGGUGCAUAUCCAUUUGAAGAACCAGAAGAUCCUAGAAAUUUCAGAAAGACUAUUGGGAGAAUAAUAGGUGUUCAAUACUCCAUUCCCGACUAUGUACGCAUUUCUGCAGAGUGCAGAAAUCUUCUGUCUCGCAUCUUUGUUGCCGAUCCUGCCAAGAGGGUCACCAUCCCAGAGAUCAAACAGAAUCCUUGGUUUUUGAAGAAUAUGCCUAAAGAGAUAAUUGAAGCUGAAAGAAAAGGUUAUAUGGAAACAAAGAAGGACCAACCAAGCCAAAGUGUGGAAGAAAUCAUGAGGAUCAUACAAGAGGCAAGGAUACCGGGACAAGGAUCUAAAGUCGGUGAUGGUACUGGUCAAGCUAGCACCGGUUCAAUGAACAUGGACGAUGACGAGGAAAUUGAUGUCAGUGGUGAAUAUGAAAAUGUCUGAUUGGAUGGCUGUAUUGUUUAUUAGACAAGAUCUGCAUUAUUAUCAACAUUUACCACACUGCAACAUUCAGCUCUAAAGAUGCACACACUAUACCUAGGUUUGAAAUAGAGUUUGUGUUUAUUUGAGUGUGAAUAACAUUUGAUAAAAAGGCUUGAACUGGUUUUCAUUGAUCAGUAAAUCCCAAACUAAAGGAAAAAUGGUUUGAUACACAGUUUAUGAGCACUUCCAAAACUUUGGUUUUAUGAAAAAUGUACAUUUGCUACAUUCACUUGACUUUUUCCAGACAUAAAAGUUACAUCAUUUUAAUA